AUGAAGGAUGCAUCAACGAUAGCAGCCUUUUACCGUGGGCGUGAAGAACCACUUCAUAUUGAGAAGGACCAUAUCGAUCAGACCCUAGCGCGGUACUUGGAUGCCAUGGAGGCGCAAGUCCGCGACGCCCAAGCAUCCACCGCCCAAGCACGAGCCCUCUCACGUACAGCUCCUCGGGACCCCACACGGAUCCAGGAGCUCUCCGCCGCCGUACGAUAUGCCAAGCGACUUGCUAGUGCAUCGCCUAUGUCGUCUUCGGCCCAUCUCUCCGAGCGUUUGCAGGCACUCAGUCACGCCGCUGAGAAUCUUCAAAGUCUGGUGACCCAGUCGCCGUGCCAUGUUUUGCCAUCGGACGAGUUUUGGGACGAUUACUUGUACGCAGAUUUGCAAGAAAAACAUGCACCUGUCCUAGAUACCCCUGCACCAGCCCCCGAACAGACAGACGACAGUGCACCUGCGGACGACGAGACCAAGGUGUCAGUGCCAUCGUCCACGCCAGAACCGGCAUCUACAUUGCGGCAGCGCCGCCUAUCUACGUCAAAGAACGCCACUACCCCACCUGUUUUUACAUCAGCCACAGACAAACGUGUCUCGGCGUUGCAAUCCGACCGUUCUUUGCAAGAUGCGCUCUCAUCUGAGCUGCUGCGCAUGGCGGGUGUGCUCAAGCAGAACACGGUGGCGUUUACAGAGGCGCUGGAACGUGAUAGACAGCUGGUGGAAGAGACAUCUGGUCGGCUGGAUCAGAACUUGGGGCUCAUGACACGCACACGCGGCCAACUCGGUGUAUUUUCGAAAAAAGCGCGCAGUAUGGGAUGGUUCACACUCGGUAGUAUCGCGAGUGUCCUUGUAUGCUGGGUGGUAAUGUUUAUAGUGAUCAAGUUGACAUGA